AUGCCUACCCCACCUCUAGUGCAUGUGGACCCCACCAUGUCAGCUCCAUCUCAAACCCCCCACGGAGAGGCUGUACAGAUUGAGCAGAUACCGGCUGAGGACAUUGAGCCGGUGGAGGCUUUGCGGAGAUCGCGACGCCCGCGUGCGCAUGCUCCCGAUUGCGGGACCGGUGAUGGUAAGAUUAGACCUGUCAGGGCAUAUGGGCGGAAACGAAAACAUCAUUAAAUGCCUUAGUGUAUGCUUAUACUUCCUGCCUAUAGGUGACUGCAUAGUGACUGGAAUAAGCAUGCAAAAUGUUCUACUAAUUGGGGAGAAUCUUGGUGGCUGUGCAUCUAUUUCUGGAUCAUUGCUUGGGGAGAAUACUGGCUGUCAAUGUGUUUGUUGUCAAGAAAUUGAUAUUUUGGAGAAAACCCAUAAGGCGUAUUGUAUUUAUUGAUGUAUUAGGAAGUUUUUCUGCACUUGGAGUUUUGAUUGCAAUU